GGCAGUCUAAAAGGAGAGGCUCCUCCUGUGAGAGUAUGUGAGCCUCACACUGUAUACUCAGUGCGGCAAACCACAGGCUAAAAGACGAAGAAGAGGAGAAGGAGGUGUGACUGAUGACUGCUUAUUCAAAGCUAUAAUUUUCUACUCAAGGAUGGACAAGGAUGGGAGGAAGCAGAAAACCUUUGUGUCAACUUUUCGGUUGGCUCUCAAGCCUCAGGCCCGACAGCUUUGUGUGAAGAAGCAAAAAGAGGAUGGAGUGGACACCACAGACAGGACAAUAGUGGGGAACAACAACCAUGAAGUCUCUGCUGCAACAGGCUCCAGACUGAAAGCCGUUCAGGAAGAGCCCCACUUCAAACGGCCACUCAGCGACUGCACGGUCUGUGAAGGAAGUGAUGCUACUUUUCAAGGAGUUAUCACAGGAAGUCUGCCUCUGAGCAUUUCCUGGCAACACAAUGGUAAGAAAGUACAAUCAAGAAAUACUUUGUUCCAAAAUGGCAUUGCCAGCCUUGCUCUGACUCAGUGUUCACCUGGACAUGCUGGGACGUACACCUGUAUAGCUGAGAACAGUGCAGGGAAGCAGGCCAGCUGUGCAAUCUUACAUGUCACAGCAAAAAAAGGAAUCCUAAGAGCGACCAACCACAACGAGGACACAGGAAAGAUUACAUCACCUGAAAUCAACAAGCUGUCAGUCUCUGAGGGGAGAAGCCACCAAGGAAAAGAUGACGACAAAGCCCGCACACCUGUUUGUCCGCCCAUGUUCUUAAACUCCACAGACGUCAGGGACUCUGAAAGAAAACCCUCCCCCAACAAAGAGAUUCCUGUGGAGUUUCUGGACCCACCAGAGCUGGUGGAGGUUCGAGUAGGAGAGCAGGCCCAGUUACACUGUGAGUUCAGGAGCAGCUCCGUCCCUGUGGCCUGCUGCUGGAUUUUCAACAAAGACAAGGUUGUAGUAGGAGGCCCGAGGAUGUCUGUGAGCAGUUGUGAGACUUUUAGCAGUGUUAAUAUCUUAAAGGCCUGCCCAGAAGACACAGGCUCAUACAGCAUCAUAGUGAGAAACAGAAAAGGAUCGGCUCAGCAUACAGUUUCUCUGAGUGUCAUUGACCGGCCUGACCCUCCUGCUUCUCACCCUGUUGUUUCCCAACUGUCCACUCAGUCCCUGGUCCUGUCCUGGACAGGUCCCAGUUAUGAUGGAGGCACGGCCGUGCUGGGCUACAUCGUUGAGGUCAGGCAAGAGGACGGCUCGGCUUGGACUGAAGUAGCAAGCCGCUGUAAAAGCACAUCCUACCACGUCCGCUCAGGCCUGGAGCCUGUGGGGCAGUACCGCUUCCGUGUCAGAGCUUACAACUCAGCAGGGGUCAGCGAGCCGAGUCACGAGUCUGAGUGUGUCAGGAUGGCAACUGCAAAGCAAAAAAAGGAAGAGCCUGUGUCUUACAUUACUGUGACGAUUGACACCAAACACAAGGUCGGGGAGCACUACAAUGUGCACGAGAAGCUGGGAGUCGGGAAGUUUGGCCAGGUGUUCCGGUUAACCCAUAAAGAGACGGGGCAGGAAUGUGCUGGGAAGUUCUACCGGGCUCGGACCUCGAAGGAGAGAGAGGCGGCCCGCAAAGAGAUUGAACUCAUGAACUGUCUCCACCACCCCAAACUGGUUCAGUGUCUGGCCGCCUACGACACUCGCCCAGAGAUGGUCAUGGUCAUGGAGUAUAUUGCAGGUGGGGAGCUCUUCGAACGCAUUGUGGACGACAACUUUGAGCACACGGAGCCCACCAGCGCCCGCUACAUGCAGCAGAUCCUGGAGGGCAUGCAGUACGUCCACAAGCAGAAUAUCGUCCACCUGGACCUCAAACCAGAGAACAUAGUGUGUGUGGACACGACAGGCACACAGAUCAAGAUCAUUGACUUCGGCUUGGCUAGCAAACUGGAGGAAGGUAAACCUCUGAUGGUGAUGCACGGUACACCUGAGUUCGUUGCCCCUGAAGUGAUCAACUAUGAGCCUGUUGGGCUGGAGACAGACAUGUGGAGCAUUGGAGUCAUCUGCUUCAUCUUGCUGAGUGGAGAGUCUCCCUUUCAGGGGAACAGCGAUCCAGAGACUUUGGCCCUUGUGACCGCUGCCCGCUACGAGUUUGACCAAGAGAGUUUUGAGGACAUUUCUGAUCAGGCUAAGGACUUCAUCAGCUCACUGCUGAAGAAAGACAGGAGAUGCAGGCUGUCGUGUUUUGAGGCCCUUGUUCAUCCCUGGAUGAUCUCUUUUACCCCUUUGAGCCGCAGACCCACAAAGUCCCUCAACAAGGGGAAGAUGAAACGCUUCCUGGCGAGGCGCAAAUGGAAGAAAACUGGAAAGGCUGUUUUGGCCCUACAGCGCAUGGCUAACCUCUCCAGCAGGCCAGACUCCCCUGGCAGCUCCUCAGAGGAGCCAGGCUGGAGCCAAGAGGCAGAGGAGGCCAUCCAGUCGCUGGACAAGCAGCUUCGGAGUGAACCCCGCUUCCAGCAGACCCUGAAGGACCUCACCCUUCCCAAAGGAGCAACCGCUCAGCUCACAUGCACUGUGAAUGGCUACCCACAGCCAGAGGUGAAGUGGCUUCACAACGAUAAGCCUUUGUCUGGAUCCAGCAGAGUAACCAUGGAGCAACAAGAAGGGCUCUGUGCUCUGCUUGUGGCUGAUUUGAAGACUUCAGACUCCGGUGUUUAUGUGUGCAGGGCCAGCAACAAGCUGGGGGAGGCAAUGUGCUCUGCCAAACUGAAAGUGGAGGAAACAAUUUAAGAUUUCUUCUAUUUGAAAGUGGACUGGAUGGAUAAAGCCCGGACUUUGUCAUAUCAAAAGACAGUCAUUCACUGCCACACAAAAGGCUGCUCACACACAAUUUCAAAGCAAACAGGGUGUGUUGUGUUCUUUCACCAUUAAGAGGACAAUUAGGUUUGGACACGCACACCCAGAGCCCUUUAUUUCACAGUCACCAUCACUAAUGCACUUCAUCUGUAUGUAUUCUUUUAAUAUGUGCUUAACAUGUUUUACUUAUGCAGUUUUGUACUUUUUUGUAUUGAAGUUAUGCUGCUGUAGCGAUACUCAGCAAAAUUUACAACACAGGUCACAUGAAAAAUGUAAAUUUUGCACAUUUAUAUGUUGUAAUGUUUUUUAACACAUUAAAAUUAAAAACUAAGUUUUACAAACA